UAUGCCAACUCUGCUCCACUAAAUUCUCCCCCUCUCCCUUUUCCCUACAGUUCUGCCUGCUAUUAUAUCCAUACAAAAUUUUCUUUAAUUUUGUUAAUUUAGUGGCAUUGCAUGUGCUCUUGGGAUCACUCAAUUUUAUGCUCAUCAAUUAGCCCCACCGUCCAUCCUUAAAUUUUAUUCUCGAUUUUCUCAUUCUUUUCUACGUAUAUAAGCUUCCUUUUCACUACUUUCAUCUCACUGAACCUCACUUUCAGCAAAAUUACACUCAACUUCUACAUUAGUUUUAAGUGAAAAUGGGCGAGGAAGUUAAGCAGGUAGAGGCAAAGCCAGAAGAGAAAAAAGAGGAAGAGAAGCCGGCAGUUGAAGAGAAGAAGGAAGAGGAGCCAAAGGCAGCAUCUCCUGUUGUGUUGUUUGUGGACUUGCAUUGUGUUGGGUGUGCCAAGAAAAUUGAGAAUUCCAUUAUGAAAAUUAGGGGUGUGGAAGGAGUAGAGAUAGAUAUGGGUAAAAACCAAGUGACCAUAAAAGGAAUAGUGGAACCACAGGCUAUUUGUAAUAGAAUUAUGAAGAAAACCAAGAGAAAAGCUCAGGUUUUGUCUCCAUUGCCUCAGGCUGAGGGUGAACCAUUGCCCCAACUUGUCACCUCACAGGUUAGUGGAUCAACAACUGUGGAGCUUAGUAUAAAUAUGCACUGUGAGGCCUGUGCUGAUCAACUUAAAAGAAAGAUACUCAAAAUGAGGGGAGUACAAACGGCUGUAACAGAGUUAAGCACAGGAAAAGUAACAGUGACAGGCACCAUGGACGCAGAAAAACUUGUAGAUUAUGUUUACAGAAGAACCAAAAAGCAAGCCAGAAUCGUACCACAGCCACAGCCAGAACCAGCACCAGAACCAGAACCAAAACCAGAAGAGAAGAAGGAAGAAGAACCAAAACCAGCUGCAGAAGAACCAAAACCAGCUGCAGAAGAAGCAAAACCAGCAGCUGCAGAAGAAGCAAAACCAGAAGAGAAAAAAGAAGAAGAUAAAAAAGCAGAACCAGAAGAACCCAAAAAAGAAGAACCUGAAACUAAUAGAGAAGAAGAACAUGAAAUCAUAACAAUGGUUGAUGAGGACAGCAUGAAGAGGAUGAUGUUUAAUUAUUAUCAACCACUUUAUGUGAUGGAAAGAAUUCCACCACCUCAGCUCUUCAGUGAUGAAAAUCCUAAUGCAUGUUCUAUUUCAUGAUCAUAUGUAAUUAUAUAUUAGGUUUAACUGCUAUAAAAAUCACGAACUUUAACGUGUUUUAUAAUUUUAACAUGAAUUUUAAAAUUUGCCAAUUCGGACACCAAUUUGUGAAUUUUUGCAUUCCAAAACACCGAUCACUUUUCUAUCAAAAAAAUGUUGAUGUGGACGCCGGAAUAGUGUUUA